UAAUAUCGGGAAUUUCCUUUCUUUUAAGAACAGAAUAAUCAAAACGCCCUUCCUCUAAGAAGAUCUAGAAAACUAAACGAUGUAUUACUACUUAUGAACAAAAAGUACGACUCUUAAAUAUUACUGUCAACCUAAGAUGGCGGCAUGCGGUGUGACAAGCAGUUACUCUCCAUUGGGAUACAAUAAUGAUAAGUAUAGUCACGAUGACUAUUAUUAUUCUUUUUCUUUUGAGGAUGAUGUUGACCAAAAGACAGUAAAAAAGGUGUUUCCGGAAGGUGGUGGAGGUCCUAAAAUACAAAAUAUUAUAGAUAAAAAAAAUGCAAACAUUGAAGGCAGAGUCACUUUUAACGAAACUCCAAUAAAUAAAAGGUCUUUGGAACGUUCAACCAGUGUAGCCAAAGAUGCUGGGGAUACACUAAAAAGAGAGACACAAAUUUCUCUCUCAUCAGAAGACAAUGAAAAAAUUGUUCCUCCGGUUCUUCAAAAUGAUACGGUUCAGGAACAGGAACCGAAGACAGAGAAAUUGUAUAGUCCUGACAUAUGUAGCUAUCAAAGUCAGAGUGCAUUUCUAAGUCAUAUAAACAAACUUACGACUUUGAAAGCUGAGGAGUUGCAAAGAUUCAGUAAACAGCUAUUAAAGGGCUUGAAAUAUAUACACUCAGACUCGACCAUUCAAGAUAGAAACAGUAAUAUUUUCAUGACAGCCCAAAACAGAUACUUAACUCUUGAAGAUUUUUGUUUGUUCAAAACACCUGAAACAGUUAAACGUGUUAGAAACAUCUCCACAGUUAGCACAGCUGACAUACAAGUCGUUGUUAAUAAAAUGUGUAUGAUACUGGGAUAUCAUCCACUGCCUCCAACAGAUAUAGAACAUUUACUAGAAGAAAUCACUAAGGAGGAGAGUUACAUUGAUUUUGCUCUCAUACAUAAUGUCAUUUGCAUUAUGGAAACGUACUUUGACAAGAACCCAGACAAAAGAUCAGAGUACAAUGAAUUUUUACAGAAUUACUACAAAGCUGAGCAUGACAUAUUUGUCCAGAAGGAUAUGGAUACUUUAUUAACACCACUUCAAAAUGUGGAAUGUGGAAAAGAAACAGACCAUAAUAGAUUUAAAGUCUUGGAUAAGUUUUCAAUCCAAGAUUUACCCAUCUGUUAUCAGCAUGAGGAAAUGUAUAACUUAAUUAAAUCAUUGGCUGAUCUCACGGUCAUGAUUCAGCUUCCAUGGACAGAAAAAAAUGGCUUUUUCUGUCAAGGGACUGGUAAGAUAAGUGAUGUGUUCAUCUGCACUGCGGAAAAUCGACCAUGCUGUUGCAGAAAAUGUAAAGUAUCUCAAACUCCAAGUAUGCAGUGGGGCCAAGUUGAGAUAGUGACAUCUGCAAACUUGCUCAGUAGCUGUAAAGAUGUAACUAAUUAUAAAUGCACUUUAUUUUAUGACAAUGAGCAUUCAAAUGAAGAUGUCAAGUUUUUAUAUGGAGUAGAGUAUGUGAGUAGAAGUACGAAACGAGAUAUUUGUAAGUUUAUGUGCAUUACUUGUGACAUGGACUUGCUGAAAAAGCUGGAUGCUUAUGUUGAUGCCUUUGUAGACAACUGGUCAGCAGCAUUAGAAAAAUAUUUUUCAACAGUGAAGAGUGCAGAAGAAAGAUUGUUAGUGAUGGUCUCACAUCCUCAUGGCUGCAAGAAACAUAUCUCUUUAGGAAAAUGGUCCAAAUUAAAGCCUCAUGUUCAGUAUGAUGCUGCAACGUGUCCUGGUUGCUCUGGCUCUUAUCUUCUGAUACCAAACUUUGAUGUGGAUGAUGAUGGUAAGCCUUUCGAACCUUCCGAACUAUGGAGACAGAUGACCGAAGGCUGAUCUGUUUUUAUGGCCGACUGUUAACAGGGUGUCAUACAUAGCCAUCACAACAACCGAUCACAUUUUAUUUUUCAACGUACGACAGUAACUGUUAAAGUUAGGUUAAACCCCGUUCUCACUGGACCACCACGUCGUAUGUAGUCUGUGGAGGAUGAUCAAUUUACUUGAUUCUUACAUGUAACAAAAUAUGUGAGGUGAAAUCAAGAAGAUGUUUCUACUUAUAUAAAACAAAAAAAAGGAAACGAUUAAUCUAAAUGAUGUUAGUGGAACAAAAUAUUUCUUUACAAAUUUUAACUUAAAAAACUAUUCGACAAUGUCAACCCUGGGAAGGUACUGGGGUUUAUCCGGGAAGUAAGGUUGUCUACGAAGAUCUGAUUUAUGAACUUGUGAACAUGUACUAUUUACAUUAGAUUUUUAUCAAAUUAUGCAAUUUUUACUAACUUUACUAUUUUAACUGUGAAUAGACCUUGUUUUUAAUGAUUUAACUGUAUAGAAUGUAGCCCUUGUUAUGUAGAGAGAGAGUAGUCCUUAAAGGAAUGCAGGCACAACAUGGCCUAAAUUGUGCCAAUGUGCCUAAAAUCAAAAUCGUAAAUCACACCCUUUU